UUGAAGCGCCGUGCGUCUAGUGGCCAUCUUGGGUACUGUUCAUGUGAUUCAGUAACGUUCAACCAGUCGAAGAGCUCUAAUAAAAACAUUAAAACUGGAAGGGCUCAGCAGUGCCUGGGUGCCCAGGGAGCCACUGCCUGAGUCCCUAGAGGUAGAUACCAAAAAACGACAGGACAUGAGUUCUGCCAAAGGAGGCCUGGUUAUCUUCACUGCCAACUCCAACCCCUCCAGCAGAGAGCUGGGGAAGAGGAUAGCUGAGAGGUUGGGAGUUGAACUUGGGAAGGUGCAGGUCUAUCAGGAAGCUAACAGAGAAACACGGGUCCAAAUUGAAGAGUCUGUGCGGGGUAAAGAUGUCUUCAUCAUCCAGACUGUGUCCAAGGAUGUUAACACCACCAUCAUGGAGCUGCUCAUCAUGGUGUACGCCUCGACUUCCUGUGCACGAAACAUCAUCGGUGUCCUUCCCUAUUUCCCCUACAGCAAACAGUGCAAAAUGAGGAAAAGAGGCUCCAUCGUCUCGAAGCUUCUUGCCUCCAUGAUGUGUAAAGCAGGUCUGACUCAUCUCAUUACUAUGGAUUUGCAUCAAAAGGAAAUCCAGGGUUUCUUCAACAUUCCAGUUGACAAUCUUCGGGCCUCGCCAUUCCUGCUACAGUACAUCCAGGAAGAAAUUCCUGACUACAGAAAUGCUGUAAUUGUGGCCAAAUCUCCAGCAUCAGCCAAAAGGGCCCAAUCAUUCGCUGAAAGAUUACGUCUGGGCAUCGCUGUUAUCCACGGUGAGGCCCAAGAUGCCGAUUCCGACCUAGUGGAUGGACGCCAUUCCCCACCCACUGUCAAAAACAUGGGGGCCAUUCAUCCAAGCCUAGAGAUACCUUUGCUAAUUCCCAAAGAAAAACCUCCAAUCACUGUGGUGGGUGAUGUGGGUGGACGAAUCGCCAUAAUAGUGGAUGACAUAAUUGAUGAUGUGGAUAGCUUUCUAGCAGCAGCUGAAACACUGAAAGAGAGAGGUGCCUACAAGAUCUUCGUCAUGGCCUCCCAUGGAAUCCUUUCUUCUGAUGCACCUCGACUAAUAGAGGAGUCGGCCAUUGAUGAGGUAGUCGUGACCAACACCAUUCCACAUGAGAUCCAAAAACUUCAGUGCCCUAAGAUAAAGACAGUGGACAUCAGCAUGAUUCUGUCUGAAGCCAUUCGCCGGAUCCACAACGGAGAAUCCAUGUCCUACCUGUUUCGUAAUAUAGGAAUGGAUGAUUAACUACCUAACAUGUGCAAAGAGGUCAAGAUUUGUCAGUCAGUUAAAGCUAUAGCAUGUGUCAUUAACCUAACUUGCCAAUCAAAUCCAUCAUACAUUGUUUUAUUUGUAAUAGGUUGAAAUAAUAAUCGUGUGCUCAAAUGGCCACCGAAAAAAGGCUGAGCUGUCACAUGACCUUUUGAUGACCUCAUUUUAAUUUUAAAUGACAUCAUUCUUUUUAUCUACUGUAGUUUAUUCAUUGAAGGAGGGUGAGCACUGCUGUAUGGUCAACAAUAUGUUAACCAUGAAUGAGAGUUGAAUGCUGUUACAUAUCAUGUCAGUGCCUCAUCUGUGUUAUUUUUGUGCCACUAGAUGUUUGUGUGUAGCUGUGUGGUUAAUGCUGACAGCACUUAUAUUUAAUUCAGAUUUUUAUUUAAAAGUAAAUCAAAUGCAAGGUACAUAGUCUUUAGCAUAGCACUUAAAAUGACCUUCUUAGGGUAGAAGCUAACGCUUCAUAAUAUACUUGACUGAAUGUUUCUCCUGCUUCUAAUAUAUUGAAAUUGUUACCUUUUUUGUUUUGCCAUAAAUGGGACUACAGAAGAGUUCUUUCCUCAGAAAUAAUAACAUAAAUGUUUGUUUAUGGCUUCCAGAAUCCUUAAAUAUAAAUAUCUUGCCUAUGAUAACUUCUUCAUAUUCAAGUGAAGUGCAGGGUUUUUGUUAUGUAACUAAUAUUUCAGGCUUUUAUAUUUAUUGACUUGAUGCACUUGAUGACAAUAAAUAAAAAAUGAAAGAGUUUUAUGUA